AUAGUAGAGACUGGGCUAUGAAUGGCAGCACAAUAUCUUUAGAUGAUGAAACUGUUAUUGAUGUACCAGAGCCAUACAAUGAGACUGCCAAAUAUUGUGCAUCCCUUGGACACAAAGCCAACCAUUCCUUCACGCCUAACUGUAUAUAUGAUACGUUUACCCACCCUCGCUUUGGUUCCAUAAAGUGUAUCCGGACAAUAAUGGCUGUAGAACCAGAUGAGGAGCUGACUGUGGCCUAUGGUUAUGACCACAACUCUUCAGAAAAGAAUGGACCUGAGGCACCAGAAUGGUACCAGCAGCAACUCAUGGAGUUUCAAGUGACCCAGAAGAAGUGAACAGCAGCUACUUUUUACAGGGUUUGGGGGGAAUUUGGGUAAAAUGAUCUAUGCAUUAUAUUUCUACAGAAGAUAGGACAUCUGGAAACUAAUAAACAUUACCGGAAAACCUAAUUAGCCUGAAAUGUUAUUUUAGCAUAUUAGGCCUGACUAGUCCAGUAUCAAAUGUUUAGGACUUUGACAAUGGAAAUUCCAUUUAACACUUAGGCAAAUCAGUGUGACAGCAGAAUUUUAUUUAUCGUUUUGUUUUUUUCUUUUACAAAUGCCAAAUGGAAAUAAAACUCACUGGAUAAUUA